AUGCCUGGCUUCGCGCAGGCCACCGAUCUCUCCGCAUGGCAAGCCCUGGUGGAGCACCACAACACUGUGGGCCGCAACAUCGUCCUCAAAGAAUACUUUGAGAAAGAUCCUCAACGAUUUGAGAAGUUCAAGCGAGUCUUCAAGAACACUGCAGACAACUCUGAGAUCCUCUUCGACUUCUCCAAGAACUUCUUGACCGAAGAGACUCUUGACCUUCUCGUGAAACUUGCAAAAGAGGCCAAGCUCGAGGAACUUCGAGAUCAGAUGUUCGCUGGCGAGAAGAUCAAUUUCACCGAGAAGAGAGCUGUCUACCAUGUCGCCCUUCGAAAUGUCAGCAACCAGCCCAUGGCGGUUGACGGGAAGAGCGUUGUCGAGGAGACCAACUCAGUCUUGGACCAUAUGAAGGAGUUCUCGGAGCAAAUCCGCAGUGGUUCGUGGACUGGAUACACGGGCAAGAAGCUCACCACCAUCAUCAAUAUCGGUAUUGGUGGCUCUGAUCUCGGCCCCGUCAUGGUCUCAGAGGCUCUGAAACCGUACGGAGACAGGAACAUGAAACUGCACUUCGUUUCCAACAUCGAUGGCACUCACAUCGCCGAAGCCCUCAAGGAUUCAGACCCCGAGACCACCCUCUUCCUCAUCGCCUCCAAGACCUUCACCACCGCCGAGACCACCACCAAUGCCAAUACAGCCAAGAAAUGGUUCUUGCAACAUGCAAAGGCCUCGGACAUUGCAAAGCAUUUCGUCGCCCUCUCCACCAAUGCUGAGGAGGUCAGCAAGUUCGGCAUCGACACCAAGAACAUGUUUGGUUUUGAAAGCUGGGUUGGCGGCAGAUACUCUGUUUGGUCCGCCAUCGGUUUGUCGGUCUGCAUCUAUAUUGGCUAUGACAACUUCCAUCAAUUCCUGGCGGGCGGUCAUGCCAUGGAUCACCAUUUCAAGACUGCGCCCCUCCACGAAAAUAUCCCCGUCAUUGCAGGUCUACUGAGCGUUUGGUACUCGGACUUUUUCGGCUCUCAGACCCACCUGGUUGCACCUUUUGAUCAAUACAUGCAUCGCUUCCCAGCCUAUUUGCAACAACUGACUAUGGAAUCGAACGGCAAGGCGGUCACCCGAAGUGGCGACUAUGUUAAGUACACGACCGGAUCCAUCUUCUUCGGCGAGCCAGCCACCAACGCACAGCACUCGUUCUUCCAGCUCUUGCACCAGGGCACCAAACUCAUCCCCACUGACUUCAUCAUUGCAGCCCGAUCUCACAACCCGGUGGAGGGAGGUCUCCACCAGAGAAUGCUAGCAUCCAACUUCCUGGCUCAAGCCGAGGCCUUGAUGAUUGGCAAGACACCUGAUCAAGUCAAGGCCGAAGGUGCUCCCGAUGAAUUGGUUGCCCACAAGACCUUCCUCGGAAACCGACCAACUACCAACAUCCUUGCUGAGAUGAUCACCCCUGGCACGCUGGGCGCAUUGAUUGCUUACUACGAGCACAUGGUCUUCACCGAGGGCGCCAUUUGGAACAUCAAUAGCUUCGACCAAUGGGGUGUCGAGUUGGGCAAGGUGCUGGCCAAGACGAUCCAGAAGGAGCUCGAGACAGAAGGCGCUGGAGCUGACCAUGACUCUUCAACAGCUGGUUUACUUGCUGCUUUUAAGGCUAAGAAUGGUCUGAAAUGA